AUGUCGUUAAUCGCUUUCACUUAUGCUUUGCACUGCCAUAAGAGGUACACGAAGGCCAACAAACUCGCAAUCCGAUUAUUCUUGAUUAAUUUCUCUGAGCACCGAUUAUGA